GUAGUAUCAGAAGCAGAAGCCAAGAAAAAUCUUUUAGUUUUGUUAAAAAAAGAAGUUGAUGGAGAGUUAGAAAGGUAUAAAGAGGAAGAAAUUAGACGGGUGGAAAGAGGAGUGAAGGAAGAGAGCAACAAUUUAAUUUGCUUAGCCUUAGAAAGGUGUAGUUCGGAGUUAGUUUUUACCAGAACGACCGACACUUUGCAGGUGGAAAAUCAACAAAUAAUCAGUAAAAUAAUUGGAAGGGAAGGACGAAACAUUAAUGCUUUUCAGCGAAUUACCGGCACUGAAUUAAUUAUUGACCGUGAGAGCGAUGAACUGAGUGUCCAAAUUUCUUCUUUUAACUCUUUGCGGCGUGCCAUUGCCUUGCGGACUCUUCAUACUUUAAUUAAAGAGGCAAGAUUUUCCCCCCUUCAAAUUGAAAAAACUUACCAAAAAGCAAGUUCAGAAGUUAAUGAACUUAUUGUCAAGAGCGGAGAAAAGGUCUUAAAAGAAUUGGAAUUAAGUAAUGUUCACCCUGAAUUAGUAAAACAUUUAGGAAAAUUAAAAUAUCGCACUAGUUAUGGGCAAAACGUCCUAGAGCAUUGUUUAGAAGUAGCUAAACUAGCAGGAGGCAUUGCGGCUGAAAUAGGUUUAGAUGUUCUCUUGGCUCGGCGAGCAGGUUUAUUUCAUGAUAUUGGCAAAGCAGUGGAAGAUAAUGGAAAUUAUUCCCAUGUUUUGAGUGGUAUCAGUAUCGCCAAAAAAUGUCAAGAACCAGAA